AUGUGGAAAACCUCGCUGAACGAUCUCGAACAUUUCUUCCUCGUUACGAAAUCUCACGUAAAUUCGCACACUUCAUUUAGAUUUAUUUGAAUGGUUUAAGAGUGGGGGUGCAUCAGUACUAAUUCUUGUUCUUGUUGACACAGUUGCUCAAUAAUUAUACAGCUUUUAUUUACGUGAAAGGAAAAAGUGCACUCACACUCAAGAAAUUGCCUAGCAUUCAAGUAGAAAAGUGGGCACUUUCUUGAGUGUGAGUGCGCUUCUUCCUUUCUUCAUAUUUUGCGUCACAGAAUAGUGCAACAUCGAUGGGCGUGCUACCUUUCUUGUUUGGCUCAUCUGCUGUCUGGGACUGCACGUAACUGAUUCCUUGGCAAAUAAAUGAGAGGGCUUCUUUGCUAGACUUCAGCGCCCGCUAGCUCUCCCCCCACUAGGGUCCUCCACCUCCUUCAGGCAUUUCUUCCGCCAAGAUGCGCCCCCCCCCCGCUCCUGUUGCACCAGAUCGCGGCGCUUCCCCGGCGGAGUUGAUCCUUGGCGGAGGAGCUGGAACAGACGCGCCGCGGAAUUUGACAGAGGAAGCGGCGUUUGAGGCGUGUCAGAGUGUGCCUGCUUCAGAAUGUGGCGCAGGCGUUUGGAUUAGGCGGGGCCCUGCGUGCGGCGCCUUGCUUUUGGUCUCGGUCUUCGUCCGGGGUGGAGACCUUGGGCGGGUUUGAAGCUUGUGGCCUGUAGCUUGAAGCCUGUGGCCGCUAUCAGUGUGAAGCCUUGGGCCUCGGCGAGGCCCUAGUCUUACAGCUUCGGGCUUGGCGCAUUGAGUUUGGAGCUUUUCCCAGAUGGAGACUUUGGGCGAGUUUGAAGCUUUUGGGUUGCAGCUUGAAGCCCGUGGCCGCUUUCAGUGUGGUUGAAGCUUGGGGCCCCGGCGAGGCUCUAGGCCUGAAGCUUCGGGCUUGAUUUUGAGGCAUUGGAAUUGUAAGCUGACGCUUUUGGUUCGGCGUGUUGGGCUUGAAGGUUUGGGGCUGAGGUCUUGAGCCUGCAGACUUGGUUCAGAGGUCUUGGCCCUGAAGUCUUGGGCCCGGGGCGUUGGAGAUCUGGGGUGCUGGGCUUCAGGGGUUGGGCUUGAAGUCUUGGGCCUGAUUUGGGGACUUUGGCUGGCGGUUGUCCUUGGAUGGAUUGGGAGGCUUUGGGCUUGCGUUCUAGAAAUUGAAGCAUUUGGAGCCAAAUUUGAAAGGCUAGGAACUUCCUGGUGGCUGUAUGUGUUGACAUCUGUUUGGGCAUGUUCUGACGCUGUUGAGAAGUGAGGGGAACGCAUGCAAAGCAUGCACGAAGGAGGGCGCUGCCGUUUGAGUGUUUUCCAAUCUGUUGAGAGAUCUACAACAAACACGAAGGGCGCGGAGAGUGAUCCCGAGCGGAUUACACUGGGCAGCGUGGUGGCUGCAUUAAUAUGAAGAGCCGCCUUCGCGGUCUUUCUUGACAGGGUUAGGCGUCUCUCUACUCUACACCGGCGCGACGUAGUUUCUGGACCUUAGUUGAAGCGCGUGCUGCUUUUCUCUCGUUUGUUAUCGGUUCUACCGGUGCAGCAGUUUGAUAGGUCAAAAACUUUGCUGCUUUUGCGCAAAUUAGCGGACAGGCCUAGUACUCUACCGCGUAGAACUUCACCCGAAUCGCCUGCGGUCGCGAUUGGCUACACAUCGACCACGGGCAGCGUGCGGGCCGGACUGGCGACACUGGGUGAAUGACAUGCCGCGCCUAAAAGCUCACACCAUCCACCCACGCCCGAGGGCUCAGAGCCGCGCCUGAGGGCCCAUGAGUUCGCAAGGCCAUGGCUAGGCUUUUAGGCUCUUGGUUUUUCUGUGUGGGUGUUUUUGGUUCAGGUGUUUCUGGUUCAUCCGAUGUCUCUGGCUUUGGUGUUUUUGGUUCAAGCGCUUCCGGCUCAGAUGUUUUUGGUUCGGAGGUUGGCGGGGUCGUUGUUUAUUUUUUUUAGCCCUUUCAUAUUCUUUAGCCCUCUAUAUCCUAGACCAGGUCCUCUGCCUCCUCCAUCCUACUUAGCGCUGUGGGUCGCUGGUCCGUCUCGCCAAUCCCCUAGCCAGUAGAAGUGAGUGUUCUACUUUUCGCUUCUAUGAUAGACUAUACUCACUAAAUAAAGUAAAUGUAGCCGUAUGCGUAUCUACCGUAAUAUGCUCAGCAGCAUGCUGCUCUUCUAAUUUCGACGGCGUCCUUGCCGGUAUUUUGUCUCUCGUGGUGAAUGCGCUUACUCGCAUCAUCACUGCAGCCAUCGUUAGUGUCGCGCCUUCCGGUCUCACAGAAAUCGUCACAGUCGUGUUGCCGGAGGCGUUGUGGAAGGUCCUUCAUUCGCAAAAGAAGUCUAUUGGAGAGCGGGCGACCUUAUGUUGGUGGCUAUAUUGGCGUAGGAGAGUGAGCACAUUUUCAACAAGUAGACACUCUCAGCAAGUAUUGAGACGUAAAAAUCUGGAGAGGUUUAUACAGGCUGUUGCGGUGGACGUUGCUGCGAUCGCAGUGGCGCGCUUCUUCUAUCUUCAAAAAUGAGCUGAAAAACAUGGUUCGAAAAAUGGCUCGACUCCUUUUGUCGGUUUUUCGAAUCAUUUUUGUCAACUAUUCGCGAUCAGAAAUUUAAUAGACAGCACUAAGACCGAUAACAGAGCACUCACACUGAGGGUGAACGUGUUAUAGAUAAGCUAUUGAUCUGAAUACCAAGAAGAUAAGGAUCAUGGCCACAAAUUGCCCACAAAUUCACGCUCAUCGGAUUGAAUGGCGAGCGUGCAUCCCUACAUGAGGACCCUAAAAACCCCCUUCCACCUUCAUUUUCUGCAGCGUUUACAGAGUCGGGAAUCCUGUUGAGCACCGCAGCAGAGCUGCAGGACCACAUUUUUGGCGAGCACGGGGUCGGCAACAUUGACGGGUGGGUAGGCAAAGAAAGCGAGAUGUUUAUGCGUUGCGACUUUUCGCUGUAGCUUUUUCUUUAUAACACUCAUCGUUGGUUCGGAGAUCCCGCGAUGCUUCGGGGAUCGUUCGUAGUCCCUAUCUGCAAUAAGAAGAAUUGCAAUACUCAAGUUGUAAGAUACUGAUCCUGGGUCUUCAAAUGUCUAGUAGUUGCGCUACUUUAUCAAAGUGAUAGGUCCUCCUUACUACUUCUAGGCGCUUCGUCGUAUUUUACCACUUUUUUGUUUCCGGAACCCGGACAACUAGAACUAGGCCAGUAUGAUCUUCUGUCAACAUUUUGGAAAUAUACACACAGUUUUUCUAUCUAUCAGACAUACUUGGAAAGAGGGCGCCACACUCUAAGAAUUUGGAAUUCUUCAACGAAAAAAUAGUCGAGAGGCUGAGGACUCUGGUGGUCGGCGUUGAUCAAGCCGAAGAAAAGCGGGACUCCAUGACUUCGCAAGCGCCCUCCCAUGAAGAUGAACCGGCACCAGAGGAGGAGGUGGAUGGCGAUGGCUCGCAGAAUCCGGUAGACGUGUUGUCGGCGGGAGUGGGGAAGAUGAGCGAGCUGUUCCGGUUGUAA